AUGGCUUCUCCGGCAGAUCCAGUGGCAGACGACCUUCAAAAGCUGGCAGAUGCGAUCGAAGCACUGCCUGCCGCAUUCCGAGCUGGUCGCCGCGAUGGCCCAGUAGCCAAGUAUCUCACACCGAAGCUGUCCGGGAACGAGGACGAUCCGGAGCCCGAGUAUCCCACAGGACCCGACGGAAUCUACGCAACCUUCAACAAGCCAUGGGAGCGUGUAUUCCAGGUCAGAGCAGGUCAGGAGCCGUCGGAGCGGUUGCAGCUAGUGUCACGGGGGAAAUAUGGGUUGUCGCUGGCACAUGCAUGGGCGAAGCACUAUGCUGGAAUCGCUUCCGAAGACGAGAAGGUGCUGAUUCAGCUUCGCAUCCAACAGCUGGUUACCCUUGUCGAAAGCGCCUUGAAGGAAGACGGGGAAGGAAAGGCUAAGGGCGGAAAAAAUGUUGCGAAAGGAUCGAAGCGAAAACGGGUCGCGACAGACUCGGAUAAUGGUUCAGACUUGAUGGAGAUUGACGAGCCUGCGGAGAUGUCAGACCCGAAGACGGCGAAAAAGAAGGCAAAGAGUCACGACAAAGUGCCUGCGACGCCCACUGAACGUCAGCAUCGUUUCAAGAAGGGGGAGAAGGAAGCGAGGGAAAAGGCAGCUCGCAAGAAGCAACGGGAGUCGUCUCAGAGCUCGGAAAGCUCUUCCGAGAGUGGUGGAGAGGACGACGAAGACGAAGGACCAGCGAGAUUGAGUGCGAAGGCAAAAUGGGCGCUGUCUCAAUUCAAGAAGCCCCGCGCGACGGACAAAACGGUGAAGGGAACUACAGAGAAGGCUGCGAUAUGGAAGGCUAACUGUCGCCACUGCAAUAAAUUCCGAACAACUACACGAACUCCCGGUCUCAACGACUUCGACAAAGAAACGCUCAAGCUUGGUGUCGCCAGCAACUUCAUUUCCCAUGCAGAAAACUGUCGCAACCGACCCGAAGAUCAAUCCUUCGAGCGAUACAAGGCAGAGAUGGAACGAGCAACGCAGGGGUUACCGCCGUUGCCUGCUAGCGAAUCGCUGACACCGCUCGAAAGACAGCAAGCCGCGAUGGGUCAAUUUGUCCAGCGUGGCAUCGAAAACCCAGCCAAAACAAUAACCAACCGCUCCUAUCGCCAACACCUCGUCGAAGCAAUCGUCGAAGAUGACUUGUCAUUCUGUGUCGCUGAAGGAGGUGGCACCCUACGACUUCUCAACCAUAUUGUCCCUCGACAUAUUACUCCGUCCCUCUCUCACCAAACCGUGCGACGAGACAUCGAUAUACUGCAUCGUGAAGUAGACAAGAAGUUGACGCGGAUACUACAGACAAAUGGAUCGAAAUUCAGUAUUGCGAGCGACAUUGUAACAACAAAAAACAUGGUCCACUCCUUCUGCGGGACGGUCGUUUUCUUCAUCGAUGACGAGUGGAAACUUCGCGACUAUCCCCUCGAUCUAAUUCCGCUCGAUGCGGACCACACUGGCCAUGGUGUUUCGAAGUUAAUCUACAAGAAACUCAAAAGGCGGAGUAUCGCUGGACGACUCAUGGCAAGGUGUGCAGCACAUGUUACGAACCUCAUUGCCCAAAAGAUAACCAGCUCGCUUGGCCUCACUCCUGCGGCUGAGGAAGUCGAUCUCUAUGAGCAGAACCGCAAGUUUCCUUUGGUCUACACGCCAGAGACGGAUCCACUCGUUGCUGAAGACACGGCCCUGAUGAAGGCAGAAGCGAAAUCGGAGGGCAAAAAGGGUGCGAACAAGACUGCAGCUGUGUCCAACGAGUCUGGUUCCGGCUCCGACAUCGAGAUCGAUGCACCUGACCAAUACUCGGACACGUCGAACAGUGGCGACAGCGAUAGCGAGACAGAUGACGAAUGGGCCGAUGUCGAUGAAGCAUCAGAUGACGGCCUUACCACCAAGAAAACAACGAAAACAGCGACCAAGGGAGGAAAGCGCAAGUCGAAGAAGAAAGUCUGGACGCCGGUGACCAAGGUGCACGCUGUUUGCGUCCACAUCUUACGCUCUCCGCAGCGACGCAAGAUUGCUCGAAAACUCAUUCGGCGCAAGGUUCCUAAGAAGGAUCGACAUCUGGUUUUCAUGCGUGGGAUGCCGAUCCGAUGGAACACUACACUGGCCGAGCUCAAUCGGGCAUUUACCUUGCAAUUGGGCUUUGAUGCAUUCGUCGAUAAAUUGGCCGAUGGGCUGCAGGGAAAGGCUCGCACGGCCGCGUUGGCCAAAAAACGAAAUUGGGAGAUGUCGGGAGAUGAUUGGACAUUUGUCAAGAAGCUCAUCGCAGCCUUGGGGGUCCUCGAGUUGGUGACUUUGGAGUUCUCGAAGAAGAAUGUGCCGACGAUUUCGAAAGUCCUUCCACUCUACAAGUUAAUGGAGACGAAAUUAACAGCAAUGGCAACGGAAUACGAGUCCGCGCCUCACGGUAUGGCCAAUGCAUUAAGGGCUGGUGCACAAAUCGCCACGAAGUACAUCGAGAAGGCACUGAUUGGCGACUACGCAUUACUCGGAGCAGUCCUUCAUCCUGCAAUUCGACUUGCCCAUUUUCAGAGCAACGUAUGGGACGCAACAAUCGCCGUUCGAGCAAAGCAGCUUCUAGUGAAUAUAGCAAAGGAAUACGCAACUAGCAGCAGCUCUGGGCAGCCGGACGCUGCUACGAGUGAUAGCACCUCGACGACAACUUCUUCAGCGAGCAAACCAGUCGGGGUCUUCGCCAUGGCCAUGGCCCUCAAUCGAGGCUCUACGAACAGCAGCUCCACCAGCUCGACGAAACGCGUGGAUGGCACCUACGAGAUCGACUUGUACCUUGGCAACAUCUCGCCGGUCGACGAUGGCUUUGACGAUCCUUUGACUUGGUGGAAGAAUAUUGCGGGAACACUCAAAAUAUUGUCCCAGGCCGCGCGUGACAUCUUGGCCAUUCCUGGCAUGAGUGUUCCAUCGUCUAAAGCCACCUUUCUUCAUGCCCUGCGCCGUUUCUUAUCGUGCCACAUCCUCACCAGCUCGUUCGGAAUCAUACUCGAGCUCAUCCUUAUGCGACGCUCCUGCUGUGCCGUCACCCAUGAAGCUUCUGGACGGGAUGAAAUCCCCGCAACGAAACAGACGCAAAAGCGACAGCAGCAGAAUUUUGAGCCUCGGCUCAAUUCUCCCUCCACACCUAACGUGCCAACCUAUCUCCUCUAA